UCUCCCAUCUCAAUUAAAAAAAGUCAGUUCCCCCCUCCCGGCCUCCCCUUUCCUUUUCUGUCGUUACAGGCAAGAAUUUGGUCUUUAAAUCAGACGGUAGUGGUUGAUCAAUAAUAAGUCAGAUCGAAAUUCAAUGGCGGACGAUAAGUACAAUCUGAAGAAUCCAGCGGUGAAGAGAAUCUUACAGGAGGUUAAAGAGAUGCAAUCUAAUCCAUCAGAUGAUUUCAUGAGCCUUCCACUGGAGGAGAAUAUAUUUGAAUGGCAAUUUGCCAUCAGGGGUCCGCGUGAUACCGAAUUUGAAGGUGGGAUUUAUCAUGGACGGAUUCAAUUGCCUGCUGAAUACCCAUUCAAGCCUCCAUCGUUUAUGCUGUUGACUCCUAAUGGACGCUUUGAAACCCAGACUAAGAUAUGCUUAAGUAUUUCAAAUCACCACCCCGAGCAUUGGCAACCUUCGUGGAGUGUGCGUACUGCCCUUGUAGCGCUAAUUGCAUUCAUGCCUACCAACCCAAAUGGUGCAUUGGGUUCACUAGAUUAUAAGAAGGAAGAGAGGCAUGCUCUGGCUAUCAAAUCUCGUGAAGCUGCCCCAAGAUUUGGGACUCCUGAACGCCAGAAGCUCAUUGAUGAGAUUCAUGAAUAUAUGUUAAGCAAGGCACCCAGUGUUCCUCAGUUCAGCCCCCUAGAGUUCUCUGAAGAAGACCCUGCCAACAAGGAUGGUGAGUUCCAAGAAAGUUCCCAAGGUGCUGGUAUUGUGCAUUCCCAGGAAGGGCAUCCAAAUCCUGCAUUGGGUGAAAGGAUUACCAAUGAAAUUCAGGAGGUUCCUGCUGAUGCUAAUCCCAGCCCUGCAGGAGGUGGAGCAUUAAGAGAGGUUUCUACUAGCGGCUCAAGUGAUCAUAUUCUGCCACCAAGGGCAGAGAUGAGGAUUCAAAAAUCUGCUGAUGAUCGGCUAUUCACAUGGGCUGCUGUUGGACUAAGUAUAGCAAUUUUGGUUCUUUUGCUGAAAAAGUUUAUGAAAUCCAGUGGUCAUGGUGCUGUCUUUAUGGAUGGAUCGUAGAUAUGUGAAUGGGUUUAACAGGCUUGACCGUCUGAAUUGCCAUGAGCGGUUAAAAUAUUAUCAAAAGAUUUCCCAUUGGAUGGCUUAGUAUUGUGUAUGAAUAUGGUCCUUCAGAAGUUCAUCUUCAUAUAUCCCAUGAUUGUAAGUAAUAGAUGACCAACUCAUUUUUAUUAUCAAUUGUAAUCAUUAUUCAUGUGCAGUAUGAAUAUCCUUUCAUAUUGA